ACAAGAACCUGGUAUGGACACCCUCUGACUACGGCGGUCUAAGCACCAUGUAUGUUGGCCCUGACACCGUGUGGACACCAGAUAUAGUGGUGGCGGGUCAGCACCACCUCAGGAAGCUGCCCUCUCAGUACCUGGUGCUGCCCUCUGGACAGGUCAACUUUGCCGCCCUCGGGGAACUCAAGGCCUCGUGCAACCUGGACAUGACCUACUUUCCGUACGACCGACAGACGUGCCGGUUCGACAUGGCGGCCCUCGAGUCCUCCAAAAAGGACAUCAACCUUCUGGCCGGCGGUGCGGGGUUUGACGACAGCUUCCUUCCGAACGGCGUGUGGGACGUGACAGGCGUCUCCAGCUUCUCCCUCACCUCCGUGUCCGCCUCCGCCGAGUUGGAACUCUCCAGCGUCCUCGUGGAGAUCAAACUCACCCGGCGACCGGCCUAUUACAUCAUCAACAUCCUACUUCCUGUGGUCAUCCUCUCUGUCCUGGCUCAACUGACCUUCGUGGUGCCGGUGGAGAGCGGCGAGCGUCUGUCCUACACGCUGACUGUUCUCCUGUCGCUGUCCGUGUACUUCACGUCUGUAGCUAGCAUCAUGCCGCAGUCGUCUGUCAUCAUCCCUGUCAUUAUGCGCUACCUCGCCGCGCUCUUCAUCAUCAACUCGCUCUGCAUCAUCGCCACCCUUCUCGUCAUCGCGAUACGAUGGAGCCACGUCCACAUCGCGACUGACGACCACCGGAAGGUCAUUCACAUCUUCGCCAUCCCGGUCACAGUCCCAUCUCACACACGUCACACCAAGGUUCAAGCUCUGAAGGCUGGCUAUCAAAGUCAAAAUGAGAACAUCUGGAAAACAUCUGCUGAUCUAAAACCUGAAAUAACCUCCGACAGGCAGGAAAACGACCGACUAGGAACGACGACCAUGAGAAGGUUAAUGGCUAACAGAAAUGUCUCCUCGUCUGCGGGUUUUCCUCCUCUAAACCAACAAGACGUCGACGCAGAUUUUGGAAGUAGGUCAAAUCAAGCUUCGCGAGCGCCGGCCUUGACCCCGGACAAUGGCGACGGCCAUGACGUCGUUGACCCGGAUGUGGCUCGUCUGGCAACCCGUGUCAACAAUAUGGGGUUCAUCGGCACUGUGGUGGCCUUUCUGUUGGUCUCUGUCUACGCUUUCGUGGCCAUGCAAGAUCCGGAGCUCUGAGCAUGUGCACUCACAUCACAACGCCAGCACUGAUCAUGGGCACACACAACCCGGAGCUCUGAGCAUGUGCAUUCACAUCACAACCCCAGCACUGAUCAUGGGCACACACAACCCCGAGCUCUGAGCAUGGGCCCACACAACCCCAGCACUGAGCAUGCAAACACACAACCCCAGCACUGAGCAUGCAAACACACAACCCCAGCACUGAGCAUGCAAACACACAACCCCAACACUGAACAUGCAAACACACAACCCCGGCACUGAACACGCAAACACACAACCCCGGCACUGAGCAUGCAAACACACAACCCCAGCACUGAGCAUGCAAACACACAACCCCAGCACUGAGCAUGCAAACACACAAUCCCAGCUCUGGGCAUGGGCACACAACCCCAGCACUGAUCAUGCAAACACACAACCCCAGCACUGAGCAUGCGCGCACACAACCCCAGCUCUGAGCAUGCACACACACUACCCGAGCUCUGAGCAUGCGCACACGUCUCCUGUCACGGGCAUCGGCAGCACAAAGACAGGACUUACUGCACAGUUAAUUAAUUACUUGACUCUGGAAUUGACGCUACCCGCAGAGGGUCAUUUUAAUUGGAAAUUAUAUAACGCCAAAGUAAUCGACCAGAAUAAUUAAUAUUUUUACAAGCAAUUAAACAAUUCAUCGUCAAGUUA